AUGGCUUUGUUUGCACAGCUUUUGUAUCUCCUCCUUCUUGGAGUCGGUUUUCUCGCAUUACGACGCAGGAUUCGACAAGCACGUUUUAUCAAGAAGCAUGGAUGCAAAGAAGCGCCCUCUCUAAUGGGAAACACUAGUUUCUUUGGUCUUGACCUCCGGUUUCUGUUCCUAGGACGCUCGAAUGGCGGCCUUGAAACCCUUCCUUUAGAGAGACAAUUCGAAGUCCUUGGUUCCACUUUUCGGACACAGAUGGCCAUUAGGCCAGUCAUUCGCACCAUGGAACCUCAAAAUAUGCAGGUUGUAUUUUCCCUUGAUGCUGACAGCUUUGGCAAUCGUCCCUUGCGCCACUUUUCGUUCUCCCCUCUUGUUGGAGACGGAGUCAUGACUCUGGACGGCGCCAGACACGAACGAGCCCGAGCUCUGAUCCGUCCAACCUUCUCCAAAUUGCAUAUUGAGAACGAGGAGGCAUAUGACGUGCACGUACAAAAGUUGAUAAAUCUGUUGCUCACUGACGGGUCAACCGUUGACUUGCAGCCUCUGUUUGAGCGAUUGGAUCUUGACUCGUCAACUGAAUUCAUCUUCGGAGAAUCCGUGCAAUCCUUGGAUGUCAGUGACUCGCUGGCUUCCUCGCACAGAUUCCCCGCUGCUUUUAAUGUGGCUCAGCAGGGCAUGGGAGUGCGUCUUCGAAUGCUUCCAUUCAACUUUCUUCACCGAGACAAGAAAUUUUGGGAGGCUUGCAGUACUAUCCGUCGGUUUGUUGCGGAGUCGGUCGAAAAGGCUAUGGUCCGACGCCAAAAUGCCAACGAAGAGACUGCCAGAAGUUAUAUUCUUGUCGACAAUGUUGUCCAAGAGACCUCGGACAACACAGAGAUCCAGGAUACUCUGAUGAAUGUGUUUCUUCCUGGACAUGACACUAUUGCUAUUCUCUUAUCGAAUAUUUUCUUUCACCUUGCUCGCAAUCCUCGUGUGUGGCAGAAACUUCGCAAACAGCUGCUUGAGCUCCCAGAAAUCGCCACUGGUAAUUUGAAGCGGAUGGAUUACCUUCAUCAUGUUAUCAAUGAGACUCUCCGCGUUACUCCGCCCGUGAAUAAUAUGACACGCAUUGCUGUCAAAGAUACAGCCCUUCCAUUGGGAGGAGGACCAGACGGACUUGCCCCAGUUUUUGUCCCCAAGGGCACCGUUGUCGCCAGCAGUUUCUACAGUGUUCAUCAUCGUAAGGAUAUAUACGGAGAUGAUGCGGAAAUAUGGCGACCAGAAAGAUGGGAGGAACUCAAGCUCUCCACUCUUGCGUGGAAAUUCAUUCCCUUCGGAGGAGGCGUACAUGUCUGCCCUGGUCAGAAUCUGGCAAUGAACCGAGUUGCUUUCACCGUGGCUAGAAUAGUGAAGGUUUUUGAUAGUAUUGAGAAUCGCGACCCAGUCGCAGAGUUUAUCCCGUUGUACAAACUUGUGACUGCUAGCCAAAAUGGCGUCAAGGUUUCACUGCAUAAGGCGAAUGUUUCUUAA